AUGCUGCCCAAGUUGGGUGGACGAAGCUCAUUUCCAUUGUUCCCGUCGGUAUUUGGUCCCGCUGCACUUCAUGUGGUGGAUUUCCCGGAAGAUCACAAGGCAUCCAACUGUGGAGGCGGCAGAUUCCAGACAGAGGAAACCUCAGUCCCUGAAGGAGGGGACAACUCCUCUGUAGCGGAGAUCAAUGAGGAUGACAUCGACUUUGACGAUGACAUCUCCUUCUUGUCAGAUUUCUCACAGAGAGGAUGUCUGAUCCAAGCGGUCAAUGACAUCAUUUCCCAGAGCCGAUUGGCCAUCGCUGCCAGAACCUCCACCGAGAGACCCGAGGGCAAUCCUGAGGACGGCACUUUCGACAUCAUCUCGAGAGGCUUCGAAGAGUUGGUGGGUUACUCGCGAACAGAACUACGCAGCAAGGAGCUGAUGCGGCUGUUGUCGCCCGACAGCUGGCUGUCUUUCCAGUGCGAGAGCCAACUGAACAUGGCUUUGGCCACUCAGACAGGUGAUGCAUCGAUGCGGUGCGUACUUCGCCGAAAAACCGGCGAGCUGGUCGCCACCAUUGUCACGAAGCGGGCUUUCACCAUUUCCUUGGCAGACCACGGCCUGCAAGACCUGCAUGUCGUACUGACCAUGCAUGUUGAGGAGCCGCUGGAAGCCAGCUGGCCACUGCACCAUCUCCCGGGUCCAUCUUCUGAUGCUGCAGGGAUCGCGGAAGAAGCUGUUGCCGACUUGCAGGACUUGCAGUCGGAGGUGAUGACUUGUGUGAUGGGCAAAGUCAUGGCCAAGAACUAG